AUGAAAUUCACUUCUAUUAUCGCUACUGCUUUUGCUCUUGCAUCAUCUGUUGCUGCUUUAAAGACUGUUAAGUUAAAGACUUUUGCUUACCCACCACCACAAUACCCUGAAAUCACUGGUCAAUAUGUUGCUUCAUGGCAUGAAGGUGCAGGAAUCAAUUAUAUGUUUGUUGUUCCAGAAGAUCAAGCUGCCAAAUUUGUUUAUGAUGAAGAUUCCAAAACUUUGUACCUUGACCCAGCAUCAGUUGGUAAUCCAGAACUCAAGUACACCUUCAGUAUUUCUACUGGUGAACCAGGAUUAGGUGACAAAGGAACUUUAUUGAAUUCUAUCGUUUCUAACAAACCAACUGAAGUCAAUAUUGAUGAUUUGGGAUUCAUUACUUUCAAUGGAUCUUAUGGUCUUAAAGCAGUUAAGAAUAUUAAUGAACCAUAUGAAUAUUCUCAAAAGAACUAUGCUUUGGUUGAAAUUGAAGGUAAUGGUCCAGAUGGGGCCGUCCCAGUUUUCUUACAAGCUAUUGAUGCUUAA